ACACCCCGCUCGGGCGCCAGCGCUGCUCGUCGUCAGCUGGACACAACCAGUGAGAGUAGAGCGCGCGCGGAUUGAGACGCGUCGGAACCCGCUCAGGUCGCCGUGAGGAGCUCGCCAUGGUAACGGGCUGUUUCCCCCACCCGUGGGGUCCCUGGCCGAGUGACUGCGCUUCAGUUGCCCCCCCCGGCGGCGCAGGCUGCGGGGAGGCCCCGUUAACUCCCCCAAAGGCCGCAGACGGGGGCUAUGCCUAGGGGGCCGCGCUCUGGGAGAGCCGGUAGCCGCUCACCAGCCCUGCUGCUCCCAGGCUGUCUGUUUCCAUCGCUAUGGGUGGCCCCUCCCCACCGCCCUGCGUCGCCUGGGCUGCCAAGGCGGCUUUGGCGCUGUCGCCACGGCUGCCGCUCUCUGUCUCUGUCGCCCCUUUCGUCACCCCCCCCGCCGCAGCACCUCAUGAGGUGUGUACGCGCACCACUGAAGUGCAGCAGUACGGUGGGAGGGGGCAAAGGACACGGGCUUGCUCUUAUGUCCAUGCAAAGCAAAGGAGGCCUUGCUUUUUACAGGCUCAGUCCAGCCUCCCCACCGAUAAACAAGAUGAACUUUUAAAGGAGGCUGAGAAAUUGGCAAAACAUAUGUUGUCAUAUCAACAUGAUCUGGCUCCAACAAUCACCAGUAAUAUAGUGUGUUCUAUAAAUGCCAAAGAAGAACUCUUGGAUGAAUGUGAGGAGAUAUGGAGGCAGAUGGAAGAGUGUCAGAGCAAGCUAACGCUGCUAGGAAUAGAAACACUUCCAGAAUCAGAUGCUCAGCUUUCCUUGUUAAUGAUGCGAGUGAAGGCUUUAACAGCAGAGUAUAAUCAGUGGCAGAAACGAAGUCCUGAGAUAAUCUCCACCAAUCCAGAUGUCCUGGUGGCAUUAGGAAAGGAAGAGUUGCAGAAAGUAGACCAUGAUCUUGAAAUGGUGCUGUCUACGGUUCAGUCAAAGAAUAAAAAGCUGAAGGAAGACAUGAAAAGAGAACAGCAGUGGCUGGAUGAGCAGCAGCAAUUGGUAGAUGCUCUUGACGUAACACAUGAAGAAAUGAAAAAUCAAGUGGUACAAUUUUCUGAAAAAAGAGCAUUACAAGAACUGAAAAGUAAAAUGCUGAAAAUAAGGGCAUAUAAGGAAGAGCUCUUGAGUGCUCUGGGGGAGUUCCUAGAAGAACAUUUUCCUCUCCCAGAAGAAGAUGAAAGUGCUAAAAAGAAGAAAAAAAGUCCAGCUGAAGAACCAACUGUACAACUGGUAACGUUACAUGAAAUUUUAGAGCGUCUUAUAAACAGAUUAAUGAGUACACCACAUGAACCAUAUUUGACAAUCAAUGAUUCCUUCUGGCCACCUUAUGUUGAACUGCUGCUGCGGUAUGGAAUUGCGCUAAGACAUGCAGAGGAUCCAAGCAGAAUACGCUUAGAAGCUUUUCAUCAGUAAAGUCACCUUUGUGACUAUUUAAAAAAGAAGAAAUGUGUUGAACCAAUACUUGUACUUUAAAAAUAUAGGGGUGUGAAUGUAUGUGUGUAUUAUAUUAUUUGUGAUAUUUUAUCAUAACUCUUUGGGUGUUAAUCUUUUCUGCUUGGACAAUAUUUUUUGACAAACCAUAUCUGUUUUAAGUGCAGUUACUUACAAAGCUUAUGAAAUGACAAAACUUUCUUUUAACUUCAAAUGAUGAUAGCCAUUCAUCCCAUUAGUUGUUGACUUUAUGAUAGGUGUUACUGUACUGUGAAAUUAGGUAGUGCUUGUAUUCUGGAAAAUGUUCAGAUGGCUAGAUAAGACUCAGAUUCAAGUUAAAGGACUAUUGUAUGCAGAUAAAAUAAUUAAAGUAGUUUGUUUUUUGUUGAUUAAUUAAAAAAAAUAAUGCUUUGCA